GUCUGGAGGUAAGCAAGAUAGAUAUCUUAAUUGAGUCGGUAUGUAGGUAGAUAUGUGCAUGCACCUCUCUUCAAGUUCUUAUAGCAGUAUUAUUUACGUGCGGAUGCUUCAUAGGAGGUCAUCAUUCUCACCAACAUCACUCCCUAGUCUUACACUUACACCAUAAACUUCGUUCUUCAACCACGUCACGCGUCCCCGAAUUCGUUAGCUAUGGAUACCACCACAGCAGUUGGGGCCGUACUGGCUUUCCUCUCAAUUGUAUUUGUUGGAAUGCGCUUUUACGCCCGGCGUCUCAAGAACGCUGGCCUCAAAUGGGACGACUGGCUCAUAGUCGCGAGUCUCGUGGCAAUGUUAGCGACAGAUAUAUUAGCUAUUUGCGCGUCUACAACGUAUCCUAACGGGGCCGAAGCAGCCACUGAAGCAAACGAUACCUCUGAAUAUACGCCGGAGGACGCCCAGUACACCAAACUGAGCUAUAUAACUCUUGUCAUAUAUUUCUCUCUCACCUCUACGACGAAGCUCUCCGUCCUAUUCAUGUACCACCGGUUGUUCUCUGUUAGCGAAUCGUUCCGUCGCCAGACCAUCCUAUUAGGCGUGCUGGUGAUAGGCUUCUGGAUCGGAUGCACGGUAGCUAACUUGCUGGAUUGCGUUCCGAUGAAGUAUACUUGGAUCAACAGCUUAGCCGAUCCCCGGUACUGUUUUAACUAUAAUAUCUACUGGUUCGCCAGUGGUAUAUGCGAGGCUUUCAUUGAUCUAUGGAUCAUCCUGCUGCCUAUCAGAGUAGUCCUGAGUUUGCAGCUAAAUCGAAAACAGAAGGUCGCUGUGGUGUUUGUGUUCAUGCUAGGUUUCUUCGUCCUUGCGUCCGGCCUGCUCAAAGCUGGCUUUGCCUACAUCCCCGGGAGCCGCCAGCCAUCUUUCGUUAAAACCCAGUUAUGGACGACAGUGCACUGCGCGACUGGAAUAAUUUGCGCCUGUCUCCCGGUCUGCUGGCCUCUCCUCACUCGCGCUUCGGGAAUUCGCCCGUCGAAAUGGCCUGGCAAUUCAUCACUCCGGAGGCUCUGGAACAGCAUCGGCAGCUCGUCUCGACUGGGGAGGAGCAGAGCCCAAAUCAAUACUGAUGUGCCUGACCUUGGAUGGCCUCAAAACACUUUUGGGAGAAAGCACAAGUUCUCGAACAGUUCUAGCCCCCGAGGAGAUUUCAUCCCUCUCAAGGCAAGCAAUGAGGACAUACAACCCGUUCACUACGAGUAUCGUCCCAAAGUUCCGUUUAACUCGGUGCCGGUAGACACGAUAUCUCCCGUAUAAUAGCAGAACUUCCCUUUACGUAAAACACAGCCAUCUAAGUUUCUAAUGUGAUGUUUUUUUAACAAAGAAAACGCAAAUAAUGAUGUUAAUAAAGUUAUGUAAGAAAAGAAAGAAAGAAAACGGGGUCCGAAUUAGGUUAGCUUUUCAAUUGAGUGGUUUAGUUCAAUUCUUCGCCAAGAAUGAUGCACCCAAUCAAAAACCUGUGGAGGUAUCGGAAUUACUGUGAUAGGGAAAUUUUGUGAAUAUUUUAUCAUGGCCGCCAUUUCAUACCUACCAGGUCAAAGGUAC